AUGAUAGAUAAGAACUGGAUUUUUCAAAAGGAUAGAUUAUCGGAGGAGUUUUUCAAUGGACUUAAAAAUUUUCUCAAAUUAUCAUCCUUUCACUUGAAUGAUGAAAAUAAGAUUCGAUGUCCAUGUGUUUCAUGUAUGAACUUAUACUAUUAUGACUUGGAGACGAUUGAGCGCCAUAUAUUUGUAAGAGGAUUUUAUACAAAAUAUGUUUUAUGGGAGUUCCACGGGGAAGAUAUCACAGAAAUACACGAGGAUGAAGAGAAUGCAGAAUCAAUCGUUGAGGAAGACAACACAUUAUAUGAUAGUGAUGAUGAAGAUGAUGACGAUAUGAUACCAGUAUUAGAGGAUUUAGCUAAUCAAUCUCAUAGAAAUAGUGAUUUUGUGAACCUUGGAGAUUCAAAUGGCGACAACAAUGCAAGGAAUUCAUUACCUAACUUAUUUGCUGAAGCUGAAAAGGAGUUGUACCCCGGAUGCACAGUAUUCUCGAGCUUAACAUUUAUUGUUAAUCUAAUGCACAUUAAAGUGAUGUGUGAUUGGAGUAACAAAUCAUUUGAUCUGUUGUUGGACUUACUUUGGAAAGCAUUUCCCAAAGACAAUAAGAUUCCACGGUCAUAUUACGAGGCUAAGAAGAUGUUGCGUGAUCUUGGUUUAAGAUAUGAAACCAUUCAUGUAUGUAAGGACAGUUGUGCUUUAUUUUGGAAAGAGAAUGAAAAUGCUGAAAGAUGUCCUGUAUGUGAUCAUGAACGAUACAAAUUUCAAGGAACUAAAGGCAAGAAGAUCCCAUACAAAAAGAUGCAAUAUUUUCCCAUAACUCCACGUCUACAACGACUUUUUAUGUCUCGCCAUACAUCAACUGAUAUGAGGUGGCAUAAGGAAGAACGUGUUGAUACUGAUGGUGAACUUAGACACCCAGCGGAUGCAGAAGUCUGGAAGGAUUUCGAUCGACAAUAUCCUAAUUUUGCAAAAGAAACUAGAAAUGUUAGGUUGGGAUUUGCAAUAGAUGGAUUCAAUCCAUUCGGUGAUAUAUCAAACGCACAUAGUAUGUGGCCAGUGUUGCUAAUGCCAUAUAACAUGCCUCCAUGGAAAUGUAUGAAACGAGAAUUCGUAAUGAUGGCAUUACUAAUUCCAGGACCCAGUGCUCCAGGCAAAGACAUAGAUGUCUUUUUACGACCUCUAAUUGAUGAGCUCAAGGAAUUAUGGGAAAAUGGGGUGCGUACUUUUGAUAUUGUUGACCAAGAAUAUUUCACAAUGCGUGCUGCAGUAUUAUGGACGAUUAAUGAUUUUCCAGCAUAUGGUACUGUGUCUGGGUAUAGCACUCAAGGGUAUAAGGCUUGUCCUGUUUGUGAGGAAGACACAUCUUCAUUUCGAGUAAGAGGAAAAACAUGUUUCAUGGGUCAUCGUCGAUAUUUGAGUCUGAACCACCAAUGGCGCAAUGAUAAAGAGUACGAUGGCACAAUUGAAAGACGUUCGGCUCCAAGAAUUUUAACAGGAGAUGAAAUCUUGGACAAAGUAAAAGGUUUAUGGAAAUGUAGGCCAGGGAAAAAUGAUAAGAUCAUUAAGGAAGAUAAGCAACAAAUGAAGGAUGCAUCUUAUGAAAACAAAACAAACUGGAGGCGAAAAAGUAUUUUGUGGGAGUUAGAAUACUGGCCUAAGUUAAAACUAAGACAUAAUUUGGAUGUGAUGCAUAUUGAAAAAAAUAUAUGUGAGAGUGUGGUCGGUACAAUAUUUAGUAUCGAUGGGAAGUCUAAGGAUACUGAAAAGGCAAGACUUGAUUUACAAGACUUAAAUAUUCUAAGCAAACUACACAUGAAAAAGAAAGGGAAUAAAUGGUUGAAACCAGUAGCAUGUUAUACACUAUCAGCAAAGGAACGACAAGAAUUUUGUACGUUCAUAAAAUCUGUAAAAUUUCCUGAUGGAUAUGCAGGAAAUAUUUCUCGAAAUGUUAACAUGAAAAAUGGAAAAUUAUUUGGGUUGAAAAGCCAUGAUUGUCAUAUCUUACUGCAAAGGUUGUUACCUAUUGGUUUAAGGCCAUAUUUGAAUAAAAAGGUGAUGGAUGCAAUUGCUGAGUUAUCAUUGUUCUUUAGAAAACUAUGUGCGAGGACAUUAAAUGUGAAAGACUUAGAUGAAUUGGAAGAGGGCAUUGUACUUACCUUAUGUAAAUUGGAAAGUAUUUUUCCUCCUGCUUUCUUUGAUGUGAUGAUUCAUCUUGCGGUGCAUUUGCCAUUAGAAGCUAAGUUGGGAGGUCCAGUACAAAUGCGAUGGAUGUAUUCAAUCGAAAGGGAAUUAGGUCAUUUAAAGAAAUAUGUAAAGAACAAAGCUCGACCUGAAGGUUGUAUUGCUCAAGGAUACAUUAUUACCGAGGCAUUAAAUUUUUGUUCCAUGUAUCUUCGUGGAAUAGAGACACGAUUUAAUCGCCCUGAUCGUAAUUCUGAAAACCUUGGCGUCAGAAAAGAAUCUACCUUGUCUAUAUUCAACAUGCCUACAAGACCAUUUGGCAAACAAUCAUCUUUCACACUAACUCAAGAGGAACGAAACCAAGUUCAAUGGUACAUUUUGAAUAAUUGUCCUGAGUUAGACACAUACUUAACAGAACAUAGAUUAUUCUUACAAUCUCAAGGAUUUUCCGACAUUGACCAAGUACAAAAAAAUGAAUUUUCAAGAUGGUUUGAAAAUAAAAUAAAAAAAAUGAACGAAACAACUUCUGGUCAAGCAGUAGAAGAUUUGUAUGCAAUUGCAGUGCAACCUGAUUUGUUGGUUUGUUCAUAUGAUGGUUGUAUGGUUAAUGGAGUUCGAUAUCAUACAAAAAGUCGAGAUGAAAAACGUACAACUCAAAAUCAUGGUGUUUUGGUUGAAGCAGAAUAUGAAGGAAAAAUGUGUAAUUUUUACGGCGUCAUUGAUGAAAUUUGGGAAGUACACUACCUCUAUUGGAAUACAGUUGUAUUGUUCAAAUGUUCUUGGUACAAUACCAAUGGGAAUAAAAUGUAUACUGAGUAUCAUUUUACUAGUAUAAACAUUAGCUCAAAAUGGUUUGAAGAUGAACCAUUUGUUCUUGCUAAUCAAGUAUGUUCAGUCUUUUAUUUAGAUGAUAUUAAAAAAAAUAAAGAUUGGAAAGUAGUGCAGAAAGUGAAUCAUCGCCACAUUUGGGAUAUACCACCAAAGCCAGAUCAUGGUGAAGAUGAUGAUGAAGAUCCCACUAUCAUCGGUUCUGAAGCAUAUCAAGAAGAAUUUUCGAAUAAUAUUGAUUUAAAUUUUGAUUCAACAAUAAGUAAUAUCAAUCUUAUUCGGGAUGAUAUCGAAGAUAUAGAAUGUGAUGAUGGAGUAUUUAGUGAUAUUCCAAUAAAUCACAAUGAUGAUACAGAAGAAGAACCCUUUACAGUCAUGUCAAAUAAGAAGUCACGUGAACUUCCAUUAAGUCGUACAAGGUCAUUUGGUCCAAAGAAGACACAUAAUAAUGAUUCAACAUCUACAAAAUCUCCACCUCCUGUGCCUUGUUCUCCAAAUGAAGAUUCAACAACACCAUCUGAUGAUGAAAUUCAAGAAUUGUUAGGUACAACCGUUCAUACAUGCAUGACUUAA